UUAAUUGAGGUAGACCCCAGAGAACCCCGGCAACAGCGGUGGGAGGAGCAUAGUAACCUUAUCUGACCCUGCUGCUUCUCCAGCCCUGUUUUAAAAACCUGACAGGCAGAAUGGCAUCCAGGCACCGCGAAGAAAAUCUCUCCUGCCCCCUCUGUGGAAUUAUCUUCAACCAGCCGGUUGUGCUCUCCUGCAGACACAGGUUCUGUAAAACAUGCCUUCAAGACAGCUGGAGUACCCAGGAUGGUGAGGACGACUGCCACUUCUGCCCUCUAUGCUGGAGACGUUCCUCAAUGACUGAGAUUGUGGUAAACACCAUUCUGGAGAAGACCUGCGAGUCCUUCAGGAAGGAGAUGAGCAGCAGGAAUAACCCUAUGGGGUGUAAGGAACACGGAGAGACACUCUCACUCUUCUGUCUGGACGAUCUGCAGCCCAUCUGUGCUGCGUGCCAGACGUCGGCGGUACAUAAGGGGCACAGGCUCUACCCCAUUGGGGAAGGUGCACACGACUGUAAGGAGGAACUCAAGACUGCAUUGACCCCAUUGAAGGAGAAGCUGCAGCUGUUCAAGAAGGCCAUGGUCGUCUGUGAUCAAACAGCAGAGCACAUCAAGAACCAGGUUGAGCAUACUGAAAGGCAGAUAAAGGAUGAGUUUGAAACCCUUCGCCAGUUCCUGAGAGAUGAGGAGGCAGCCAGAUUGAAUGUUCUGAAGGCAGAGGAGAAUCAGAAGAGUCUGCUUCUAAAGGAGAAGAUUGAGGAGAUGUCCAACGAACUGACGUCCCUCUCAAACACCAUCAGAACCGUAGAGCAAGAGAUGAGGUCUCAGGACAUCCCAUUCUUACAGAACUACAAGGAUAUCAUCAAGAGAACCUGGCAUAUGCCGCUGGAUCCAAAGAUGAUUCCUGGAACUCUGAUUGAUGUGGCAAAGCACCUGGGUUCUGUAAAGUUCAACAUCUGGGACAAGAUGAAGAGCAUCAUUCAAUAUAGUCCUGUGACUCUGGACCCCAACACAGCCGCUAGCUGCUUCAUCCUGUCUGAGGAUCUGACCGUGGUCCAGUGCUGCUCCCAGGUCUUCAAGCUCCCAAACAACCCCGAGAGGUUUGACAUCAGUGCUGAGUUACUGGGCUCUGAGGGGUUCUGCUCUGGCCGCCACAGCUGGGAGGUAGAGGUAAAGGCUAACACAUACUGGGUGGUAGGCGUGGCCAGCGAGUCCAUCAACAGGAAGGGCAAGCACGUGCUGACGCCAGCCGAGGGCUUCUGGACUAUACGCUUCCGCAACGGCGAGCACAAGGCGUGCACGGCACCGUGGGCGCCCUUGACCAUGAUGAGGAAGGAGCCCCAAGUCAUCAGGGUAGUGUUGGAUAUGGACAGGGGCAAGGUGACCUUCUUUGACCCCCGGGAGAGGACGCCCCUCUAUACGUUUACAGACCUCAUCUCACCCCGGGUGUUUCCUUACUUCUGCACUGCAUGUAAGGAACACCCUCUGAGACUGCUGCCUGUCAGGCUGUCUGCUGCUGUGGUGCUCUAGAGGGCUCCAUGGGGGUUCAUUACUAACAAGCAGCAAAGGCUCAGUUACUUGCAGAUAGAUCCAGUUGUGUUUACCACCUAGUCCUAGAUGAUGAAGGCUGAUCACUUGGAAGGGACAGUCUGGAAUAAAGCAUGUAAUGGUCUUA